AUGCCGCUCGCGCCGAUCCUCGCCGCGCUGCCGGCUGCAUCCCGCACCCCGGCGGGCGGCGAUUCGUGCACGGUCUGGGCAGACGCGGGUGAGUGCUCCUCCAAUCCGACCUUUAUGCUGCAGAACUGUGCGGCCGCGUGCGAGGUGGCCGGCCGCGAGAAGCGCGAGCUGGAGGAGUGUGCGGGCCUCAUCGCCGGCGCCGGCUGCCGCUCCGAGCCCGUGCUGGCCCGUUGCGGCAGUGCGUGCUUCCUGAACUUCAGCGCCAGCUGGACGCCAGACCGAGAGGGCAACUGCUGGUACUGGGCGACCGACGGAGAGUGCGACGCCAACCCAGCGUGGAUGGAGAGCAGCUGUCCGCGGAGCUGCUCCAAGCUCCGCGCGUGCGCCGCAGACCCGGCCUCUGACGCCUGCUCCGAGCCCUUCGAGUGCCCGCUCAGCCGCGACCGGGCUGGCGACUGCACCGAGCGGGCGCUGCGGGGCGAGUGCAGAGGCGGAGGCGGCGCGGCAUGGCGAGCGCAUGCCGCGCUGUCGGCGUGCUCGCUGUCGUGCCACCUGCUCGACCCGCCCUCCACCUCGCACACCGCCACCCGGCCGCUCACUCGCUCCUCGCCGCUCCUCGAUCCGCCGAGGCAGUCCCGCGGGCCGGCCCGCUGCUCCGCCAGUCGCGCCCUCUCCCUCCUGUCCGGGGAGAGGCAGCGGCGGCAGGAGGCGGCCGCCGUGCCCGGGCGGGACGCGGCGCGCAGCCUCGAGGCGUGGGUGACGGAGGGCGUGCUCGACGCGUCGAGCACAGCCGGCCCCGCGCCUGAGCCGAGCGUCCCGCGCCUCGAGACCAUCUCCGCGACGCCGCGCGUGCGCCUGCUGCACGACUUUGCGGCCGCACUCAUCGCCCUCUCCGAGCCGCUCUACCACCGCUCCUCCACCGCCCGCGCCACCGGCGACGACAAGCGGACCUCCUUCUCCGCCACGCUGCCCUCCUCCAACUCGGACGUCGCUGCGGUGCGGCGGCGCAUCGCGCGGUACUCCGGCUACCCCGAGGCGAACCUCGAGCCCCUCCAGACCGCGUGCGAGACGUGGUACAGAGGGAACCGCCACUUCACCUUCCUCAUCUACCUGUCCGACGUCGCGGCGGGGGGCGACACCAACUUCCCGCGCCUCAACAUCACCGUGCCGCCCACGCCGCUCGCUGCACUGGUCUUCGACAACUGCCUCCGCAACGGCGAGCCAGACGAGAGGACGCUGCACGAAGGCAUCGAGCCAUCGGGCGGCGCCGUGAAAUAUGCAAUCAACGGCUGGAUGCGCUCGAGGCCAAUCUCGUCCUUGUGA